UCCCCUCCACGCCGCCCGCUGAAACCCAGCCAGAGCGCGUACUUGCACCCCGCCCCGUACUCUGACUCAGCAGUAGUCACCUUGUCCCGCCCGUGAAGCCGGAAAGUUCGCGAUUCCGAUAGCUUUGCGAGCGAGGUGGAGAGGGGACUUCAGAGACAGCACAGGUGGCAAGUAAAGAUUUCACCCCUUUGCUUGUGAGUCAUGGCAGCUCCCAUGAAGAGCCAAGUGUGCGUGGUGACUGGUGCUUCCAGAGGUAUUGGCCGUGGCAUCGCCUUACAGCUCUGCCAAGCAGGUGCCACAGUUUACGUGACUGGCCGACAUCUGGACACACUGCGGGCCACUGCUCAGGAUGCACAAUCCCGAGGGGGGCGGUGUAUACCUGUGGUGUGCGAUUCAAGCCAGGAGAGUGAAGUGCGAAGCCUCUUUGAGCAGGUGGCUCGAGAACAGGGGCGUCUGGAUGUGCUGGUCAACAAUGCCUAUGCAGGGGUCCAGGCAGUCCUGAACAACAUUAAUAAAGCAUUCUGGGAAACACCUGCCUCCUUCUGGGAUGAUAUCAACAAUGUUGGACUCAGAGGCCACUACUUGUGCUCGGUCUAUGGGGCACGGCUGAUGGUACCAGCUGGCCGGGGGCUCAUCGUGGUCAUCUCCUCCAUUGGGGGGCUGAAAUAUCUAGCCAAUGUCCCCUACGGCGUCGGUAAAGCUGCGUGCGACAGGUUGGCUGCUGACUGUGCCCUCGAGCUGCGGCGUCAUGGGGUCAGCUACGUGUCUCUUUGGCCAGGAUUGGUGCAAACAGAACUGCUGAAGGACUAUUUGAGGAACAAUGACAAUGCUGAAGAUUCUCUGCUUAAGCAGUUCUCGUCUGCGGAGACCACAGAAAUGAGCGGAAAAUGUGUGGUGGCUUUGGCAACAGACCCCAAUAUCUUGAGCCUGAGUGGAAAGGUACUGCCAUCCUGUGACCUUGCUCGACGCUACGGCCUUCGGGAUGUGGAUGGCCGCCCCGUCUGGGACUAUUUGUCUUUGAGCUCUGUUAUCUCCCACGCCUCUAGCCUGGGCUGGCUGGCCUCCUACUUGCCUGGCUUCCUUCGUGUGCCCAAGUGGGUUAUGACUCUCUACACUAGCAAGUUCUAACAUUCUUGGCCUGAUGUCACCACCCUGCUUGUCUUUUCAGUUGGCCUGGGUGGUUGGGCCUGUCUUAGUGGAACAAGGCAGCCUUUCCCGCCUUGCCCUUGAUUCAAAGAGAAAGACUCUGCUACGUGUCCUGGGUAGGUCCUGGGGACCCUGUAGAUCCUUAUUUGUGCCUUGGUUUUCCUUACCCCUGCAUUUUACUUUUUGCCUUCCUAUCGAAAAAUGCUCUGGGUACUAAUAAAGGUCUCAUUUCUCCUUCA